GCUACCAGGAAAGAUGGAACCAGUGUCUGACGUUCCUGUGAGAGGUCACAGCAGCAUGUCCCAAUUCAGCAAAGAAGAGCUGGACUUGUUGUAUGAAGAAGUUCUCUACACGUUUGUCCAUCGGGUGGGGAAGCCACCAGGGGGGCGGAGCCGCGAGGAGAGCCAGCUCCUCCAGUACCUUCAGGAUGUGUUUGCCAAGGACACAGAGGAGCAUAGGCUCGUCCUGAACAGGGUCAGACAGCUGAAGUGGCCGGCCACCUUUCUGAAGGUUAUGGUGAAGGAAGCGAAGGGUCUUUUGGCCAAAGAUGCAACUGGCUUCAGUGACCCCUACUGUCUGUUGGGUGUUGCGGGUGAAGAACAGCAGGACGAAGAUGUGCACAGAGGGGACAGUCCCCUGCCUCGGAGACGGCAGAAAGCCGUGGUGAAGGAUUCCAUCCCCGAGGAUCAAAUUAAACGAACAGAAGUGAAGAUACAAACGCUGAAUCCCAUUUGGAAUGAAACCUUCCAACUGGAAGUUGCAAAUUGCCAUAAGUCAGAGUUCCACAUGGACAUGUGGGACCUGGACGAUGACGAGUCUAUGAGGCGCAAACUGGGGGACAUCCAUGGGAUCCACGGGUUGAAAAGGAUUUUCAAGGAUGUGAAGAAGGCUGCUCGGAAGCACGACCAAGAUGAUUUUCUAGGAAAUGUGAUAAUUAAACUGCAGGAUCUGCCUUACACUCCUGCCGAUGAAUGGUACCCAUUGGAACCUCGUACAGAGACUUACCCUGAUCGAGGGCAAUGCCAUUUACAGCUGAAGAUCAUCCACCAACAGAGAGACACCACUCUGAGCAAAGAGCAGGCGGUGUUCAGCAUCUAUCGCAGGCUCCUGCAGCAGUUCAUACAGUUCGAUGGGACUCAGAAACAGACGACAUAUCGCCUGGGCGAAACCGAGCUCAGCACAUUGGCAACCACCAUCCUGUCCCUUCACGCAACUCAGAAUGACAUCUCCCAAUUCCAUCAGGACUUGGCCCAAUGGUUGGUCUACAGCAAACUCUACCAACAUGUGCAAGUGAACUUCCUCUCUUUGCUACAGCAUCUCGCCAGCAUCCAGUACCAAUGGCCACAGGUCACCCUACAGCCCUGGGAGAAACAAGAAUUGGCAGAGUCAUUCAGAUCAUUCCUGGAUUAUGGAAUCUUGCUCGUCCAGAACUACAGAAAUGUCUUCCCUCUCACUGACCCCAAAGCCACAGAUCGUCUCCAGUCUCUCCUCAGGGUACUGGUGCAGAUCUGGAAGAUGACGGCAUUUCAUGAGCUUUGCUCCCCGGUUUCCGACCUUCAGACAAGGCUUGAUGAUGCCAUCAAGUCUGGGACCAUUGACAGCUAUCGUCUCCAGAAGCAGGAGUUGCAGUCAAGUGUGAAGAGUGAGGAAGAGGCUGUGAAAUCCCUGGUGUUGCUGGUGGAGCAGCUGAACCUUGACCUGGAGAACAACAGGAAAAUUUGGCACAAGAGUUUCAUGUGGACUGCCAAAAUCAAUCUGUUUGACAUCACCUACCUGAAGCUUCAGGAGCUGAUUUUUGAAGAUAUCCGAGAACAAGUGGUCAGUAUUGGGGGGGGCAAGUCCGAGGGAACUGUCGAGGGCUUAUUUCACCUCUACCUGCAGCUCAAACAUUUAAAGCAUCAACACAUUUACUUCUCAAAAAGUGACUCGACUUUGCCGCUGGAUGCCUUCCACACGUGGUUCAGUGAGCCUUUACCCAAGUGGCUGCAGGCUGUGUACAACGCGACAGUACAGAUGGUACAUCGCGCUGUGCAGAAAGACCAGCUGGAGGCGAUUGGGGAGAGAACCAAACACAGCACCUCGGCAGUGGAUAUUGCGACCUGCUUCUCUAAGAUCCAAACCACUUGGGUUCAGCUCAAUUGGCCGGACCCUGAAGAAUCUUUUGUCGUAAUGGUCAAACUAACAGAGGACAUGUGUAACAUUGCGUUGAUGUACUGCCGACUCCUCAAGGCCAGGGCAGAGGACCUGUCAGUCAAAGGAUGCAGAGCAACUUCAUCGGAAAACUCAAAAAUCAACAGUGUGAUCUCACUGAGACUCUGCGUGGUCCUGAACAACAUGGAACAGCUGAGGGUGAUCAUUUCCCAUCUGCCGGCACAGCUGGACUGGGAAGGUUUGAAGGAAGACAUGACAGACAGGAUUGAAGUGGAACAGAUCCAGAACACUCUGCACACCCAGCUUCAAACAACCAAGAGCUCUGUCAACAAAGAGAUCAAAAGUGUCUUGCAAACCUUGGCACAAAAGCUGCAUAUGGAUAUAAAGAUACACAUACAGCACCUGGCAGCAUCCAGUCAUUCUGUUCCUCUGAGCGAUAUGAUCAAUCCUUUGAUGAACUUUCUGGUCACCGAGUUUGCUUACAUGGACACGAACCUUGUUCAAGAGAACUUUCAGAGUCUUCUAGGUUUCCUUUGGAUGCACAUAAUCGAUAUCUUAUCAACAACUUCAUCCCACAGUGACGUCUCUCAAGACGUUUAUGCCAGGCUCCAGUACGCUCUGCGGCACCUUGUGCAAUGCUUCCACGCUGAGGGAAAUGGGCUGCCAUUGGAUCAACUCCAGAAUGCCAGCUUUAAGGCUCUGGAGACUAAGUUGAAAUUAAACGCAGCGAGCACUCAAGAGCUGAUCCAGAAAUUCUUUGUGAAGAAAGCGGAGCAGCAGGCCUUUGACGAGUGUUCUAAGUAUGGUGCGGUGACCAUAAAGGUUUUCUAUAAUAAUCAAGGUCAAAAGCUACACGUUGAAAUUCUCAACGCAGUCAACCUUAUCCCACUGGAUUCCAAUGGUACCAGUGACCCCUUUGUGCAGCUGACUCUGGAACCGAAGCACAUCUUCCCAGCGAUGGAGAGUAAAACAACUCAACGGAAGAAAAAUGAACUCAACCCACUGUUUGAUGAGAUUUUUGAAUUCAGUAAUGUGACUCCGGAGCAGUGUGGGGCAGAAGGAGCCUGUCUCCUCCUCACGGUGUUUGACUAUGAUACACUGGUCACAGAUGAUCUGGAAGGUGAGGCAUUCUUCCCUCUUCACAACGUCCCUGGACGGGACAGCAGUGAGGGAACACUCAACAGCACCAAUGUUCUUCAAAGCCGGUUGUCUCUCAGCCAUCCGAAGCCAAAUGAGGACACUAUACUAAAGUUAUUAGAGCUACGCAAAAGAGACAAAGAUGCUCAGGCAUUGGUCAAGAUACGAAGACAACGUGAAAAAAAGUCAAUGGAACGGCAUUAACUUCCAUCAUAAACCGGGGGUGACUCAAGCCUCUCAGCACAUGAGCAGCUCUCACCACAAAGGGCUCAGAAUUGAACAGGACCCUGUGGUCCUCACUGUCAGACAACCAAACCCAGGAGCCUUUGAUUACACUGUGUCUUUGCUUCAUGUUUUUAUUUGACUUGAUAUGAAAACUGCUAAGAGUUUGACUUUAUUACGUCAGAGUUUAAGUUUCCUGUUCAAUGCUUUGCCUGGUUGAGAGAGCGCUGGGAUGUUACCCUGCAUGAGAGACGUGAUAUAAAUGCAAGUUGUUGUUGUUGUUGUGGUUGUGCCAGGCAGUGUUAUACACCCACAGCUUGUCGUUGUUCCACCUCGUGACAUGACGGGUUUGUUUAGGAAUAAGAUGUAUAAGUGUUUUACCAUUUUUUGUGCGUAUGGAGACAGAAAUAUGCAGGUUCCCUCCCCCACAUCCUCCCCAAACCAUGAAUAUUUACAACACAGAAGAAGCCAUUAGUUUAUUGUCUGGCUGCAUCUUUGAAAGAGCAAUCCAUUGCCUUUUCCCCUCCCCUCAUCCUCAU